AUGAUGCCUUGGAAAGUUCUAAAUGAGAUUCCAAUAAAAUACAACACUGCUUACCACUUUAAUGGCAACGAAAGGCACGCCUACAGGAACCGUUUGACAAAAACGAGAUCCUUAUCCAAAGGCACUCGCUACCAAUUAGAGUUCAAAACCAACUCCCAAAAUGGACUUAUGUUCUACCGAGCCAACAGUGGUAAAGAUGCACCCCUUUCCAGGGACUAUGUAGCCCUAGCCUUAUCCAAAGGAAGACUGCAAUUGGCCUAUGUCUGUGGGGGCGAUUUGGCCGACGACGUUAGAUAUCUCCAAUCGCAAGUAUUAGUAAACGAUUCCAAAUGGCAUAAGGUCACGAUAAGACAAAGGAAGAAUUCCAUACAAUUAAAACUGAAUCGUGAAAGAGACAUCAAAGCCCGAUGCAAAAGACCUCAGCAUGGAUUAAAACCCAACACGAAACUUUGGCUAGGGGGUGCUCCAAAGAAUUCGAUGCUCUACUCCACACUGGUAACAGACGAGUAUCUAAUUGGAUUUAAGGGUUGCAUCAGAACGUUUUCGGUGAACAAUCAGAUUUUAGACUUGUCCAGGACGGCUCCUGGAAGCUCUUCGAGGUCCUUACAACUGUGUCAACAUGGAUAA